GGCCCGCCCAUUGAUCACAUCUAUUUCUUCUUCAAGCAACCAUUGAUAUGUCAAACUUUCAGUGUAUUUCUUAUUUUUUUUUUCUCAUAGGCUUCUUAUUACUUCCUAUUUAUUUACAAUUACUAACGUCGAAUUUACAUCAUAGGGUACGAUUGAUUAAAUAACUUAAGUUAGAGGGCAUAACUUGUAAUUUUUCACACUUUCGAAAUUCAACGAGAGGGUAUAGUUUAGAAAAACUCAUAUUUCUUUUUUAAAUGUUUUUGUUUUUUUUAAAAACAACAAUGGGAGCAAAGAGCCAACCAUCAUUGACCAAGGUGUAAAUACCCAUUCAUACAAGAUCAUAUCCACCAUUUAAAACAUAAAAAUUAAAAUCAAAUAAAUCAAAUAACCUUUAUUUUAAACUUAGCAUGCAUGAAACGUGUGUUAGUGGGUACCAUAGCCUAUAACAUAAAAUCAAUAAAACUUACUAGUAGUGGUUGAAAAUCAAUAAAUUGAAGAGUUCAAACAUAAUCAUAUUCUAUAGUUGAAAAAGGAGAAAAAGAUGGAAGAAGGGUUGUUAUUGAAGGAAAAAGAAAAAGGAAGAGACGAUGAGAUAGAAAAAAUACAAGUAAGAUGGAAAGAAGUAUUAGAGGAAAUGAUAAGAGUGAGUUGGGUGGCUGGUCCAAUGGUGGCGGUGUUAAUGUCACAGUACAUGAUUCAAGUCGUUACGUUGAUGAUGGUCGGUCAUCUCGGCCCGCUUUACCUCUCUAGCACUGCUCUUGCUGUAUCUCUUGCCGCGGUCACCGGAUUCAGCCUCUUGUUAGGGAUGGCAGGUGCAUUAGAGACUUUAAGCGGGCAAUCUUAUGGAGCACAACAGUACAAGAAACUAGGAACUCAAACAUACACUGCCAUUAUAUCUCUCACUUUAUUCAGCAUCCCCCUCUCUGUCAUAUGGAUUUAUAUGGAGGAUAUUCUCGUUUUCAUAGGCCAAGAUCCUUCUAUUUCACACGAAGCAGGAAGAUUCAUGACUUAUCUUGUGCCUACUCUCAUUUCUUACGCCGUGUUUCAGCCCUUGGUUCGAUACUUCCAAUCUCAAAGUUUGGUCGUGCCCAUGUUAGUAAGUUCCUGUUGUACUCUCUGCCUGCAUAUACCCCUUUGCUGGGCUUUGGUACACAAGUUUGGGCUAAAAAAUAUAGGUGGUGCUAUGGCAAUGGGUAUAUCAAAUUGGUUGAAUGCCAUUUUUCUGGCAUUGUUUAUGAUGUUCUCUCCCUCGUGUGCAGCUACUCGUUCUCCACUCUCCAUGGAAAUGUUCCAUGGAAUUGGAUUGUUUUUCCGAUUUGCUAUUCCUUCUGCUUCAAUGAUUUGUUUAGAGUGGUGGUCGUUUGAGCUGCUAAUUUUGCUAUCAGGAUUUCUACCAAAUCCAGAACUCGAGACUUCUGUUCUCUCAGUGUGCUUGACAACGAUUUCAGCGUUGUUUGCUAUACCUUAUGGAAUUGCAGCAGCUGCAAGCACGAGAAUUGCUAAUGAGCUUGGAGCAGGAAACCCACAAGCUGCUCGUGUAGCAGCCUGUGGAGUAGUUGUGAUGGGAGUUACCAAUGGUUUGAUUGUUAGCUCAAUCCUUUUUGCUACUCGAAGAGUUUUCGGAUAUUGCUUCAGCAAUGAGAAGCAAGUUGUAGAUUAUGUCUUCACUAUGGCACCUUUAAUUUGUGCUAAUGUUAUAUUCGAUAGUAUACAGGCAGUUCUUUCAGGUGUAGCUAGAGGGUGUGGAUGGCAACAUUUAGGGACAUACGCGAAUCUUGCAGCAUACUAUCUUGUUGGAAUUCCGAUUUCUGUUACAUUGGGUUUCUGGAUGCAAAUGAGAGGUAGAGGCCUUUGGAUGGGAGUUAUGAUUGGUGCUAUGACACAGGCAGUCCUUUUGUCUAUUAUAACGAGUCGUACCAACUGGGAAGAGGAGGCAAGGAAAGCAAGAAAGAGAGUAGCGGAAGAAAGUUCAGGAGUAAGCAAUGGAGAACAGAGGCCAUUGAUAAACUAAUAGCCUUAGGCCUUGUUUAGUUCACCUUAUUUUUACUUAUUUUAGAAAAAAUAAGUUCAUAUCAGAUCAAAUAAAAAAAAUAAGUUUUCAGAUCAGAUUAGAUCAGAAAAAAUAAGUUCAAAUGAGCAAAAAUAAGGUAAAUUAAAUAAGCCCUUAGUUAUUUGUUCAGUUCACGUAAAAAAAUAAAUAUAGUAAGUGAGAUAUUUCAGGAAAUCAGAAUUUGGGAGAGUUAUUUGGUUGAGAAAAGGAUGAAAAAUGCAACAUUCUUGAAAAUUAUACUUCAUACAAAAUGAAAAUUUUAACUAAUCCUUAUUCGAACUUCCUACUUCCUAUGAUUAAUCAAACAUUUUUGCGACUCAUUAGACAUUGAACAACCAACAUGGGAAACUCAAGUUUUAUGUAUUAAAAGAUUAAAGACAUAAGAGGAACUGCUACAAAAUACUUGCUUUAUAUUAUAGAGAAAUUCGCAAUGGUAAACCUUAACUUAUUACUUUUCUUAAUGGUAAACACUAAAUUUUUUAAAUGUCUAUGGUAAAUCUCAAUUUAUUAUAUUAAGCUAAUGGUAAACACUUAAUCCUCACUCUAACCAUGGUUAAGGCUGUUUUAAAAAAAAUAAACAUAAAAUGCCUAAAUUACCCCCAUUUAUAUCCUAUCCACCCACUUAUGUCUAAUUAGAAUUGAAGUCUGGGUGUUAAGUCGUUUCAUCUUCUUCCAUUUCUUCAGUUCGCACAUCGAAAAAGAGAGUGAGUGAGGAAUUAGUUUAGGUUGAAAUCAUUGCGAAAAAAUUAGGGCUGGAUAUUUCUGGGUUUGGGUAUUCUUAUUGUAGAAAAUUUUCUGUGUUAAAGGGUAUAAUUUAGGGUGAUUUUCGAGGAAUUUUGCUCGAAAUUCUAGGAUACAAUUUGCGAGUUUCGUCGACGAUUGUUUGUUAGUGAACAAAGUUUGAUCUUUUGAAGCUUGACACUGCUAAUAGUGUCAAUUGAAGUCAAGUAUAUGUUGAAUUUUGCUUCACAUUAUAUUGUGCUCUGUUUUUGGGUUUUAAUAAUCAAUGUUUGAAUAAUGUUUGAUUGUGA